UUGACCAGAGGAACGUAAACUUUGUUGCGAACAUGACUUCGAAAGAGUGUACUCUCGACUCGGACUGUAUGACUCUGACAAGAUUCGUGCUCGCCGAACAACGAAAAAUACCAACAGCUACAGGGGAUCUAAGUCAGCUUUUAAAUAGCAUACAAACUGCCGUAAAGGCAGUUAGCUCGGCAGUUAGAAAAGCCGGCAUCGCUAGUAUGUACGGAAUAGCUGGAACUCAAAAUGUUCAAGGAGAGGAUGUAAAGAAAUUAGACGUACUGAGCAACGAAUUAUUUAUUAACAUGUUAACGUCUUCGUUUACGAGUGCCAUUCUCGUGACCGAAGAAAACACAGACGCCAUAAUGGUGGAGACGGAAAAGCGCGGGAAGUACAUAAUAUGUUUCGAUCCCUUGGACGGAUCGUCUAAUAUCGAUUGUUUGGUAUCGGUGGGCUCAAUUUUUGGCAUUUACAAGAAGCCUGACCUAACUACGGAACCCACGGUAGCAGACGCACUUCAACCUGGAAAAAAUAUGGUUGCUGCCGGAUAUGCCCUCUAUGGUUCCGCCACUAUGAUAGUUCUCUCGAUCGGUCACGGAGUGAACGGUUUUACCUAUGAUCCAGCGAUCGGAGAAUUUAUUUUGACGGAAAGAAACAUGCAGGUCCCUGCCAGAGGCGAUAUUUAUAGUAUUAACGAAGGCUACGAGAGCUUAUGGAAUACAGCCAUCAAAGAAUAUGUUCAUUCGAAAAAAUAUCCGAGCACUGGAAAACCAUACAGUGCAAGGUAUGUGGGUUCUAUGGUGGCCGAUGUGCAUAGGACAAUCAAAUAUGGAGGAAUAUUUCUUUACCCAGCGACCAAAACUCAUCCAGGUGGCAAGCUGCGUCUUUUAUACGAAUGUAUUCCAAUGGCUUACAUACUAAAAGAAGCAGGAGGUAUGGCGUCCAACGGGGAAAUUGAUAUUUUAAAUCUACUGCCUGAAAGCAUUCAUCAAAGGUCUCCAAUAUUUUUGGGAUCACGGGAGGACGUCGAAGAAGUGUUACAGUAUAUUCAAAAGUACAAAACGUCGUAAAAUACGCAGGAAACAACGAAAGAGAGUAAGAAUAUAUUUAACUUUUUAUUUAAACGAA